AUGUGGUGCGGAACGAGUAUGGCGGCGGAGCAGGGAGAGGCGAGUGAAGGAACGGCACGCGCGGAGGGCAAGGGGAAGAUGACUAUCAGGCACUCUGAAAUUGACUUCCUACACACUUCGUUAUUCGCUGUCGUCACACAAUUCGCGCGAUCAUUACUGUCCGCGCCAAUUCUCCGUUGCGCCCGUCCCUUGCGCCCGUCCCUUGCGCCCGUCCCUUGCGCCCGUGCGCGCGUCCCUUGCGCCGUCCCUUGCGCGCACCACCUUGCGCCCACCACCUUGCGCGCGAUGCCGCCAUCUCGUCGCCGCACGCGCCUCCCGUUCGCCGACCGUCACUCCGCGCUGCGCCGCUGCACUUUCGCCGCGGCCCUCUCGUUCGUAGCGCUCUCGCUCUCCGCGCUCCUGCUGCUCCACUCCCCCGCGCCUCUCCUCCCCCCGCGCCUCUCCUCCUCCACUCACUCCGACCUCCUCCACACAUCCCCACUGGCCGCGGGCAUUUCCGCACGCGGAGCGGUGAGCUGGGCGCGGCGCGCAUGGCGGGGGCAAUCGGAGGGGGAAGGCGAGGGCGCGCAGGCAUCGCAGGGAUGGCAGGCGGGCGCGCGGCGGAGGCAGCUGUGGCCGCGCGGGCGUCCGUUUCAGGGGGAAGGGGGGCGGCUGUGGCCGGGGCGGGUGUGGUUGGAUGAGGAGGGGCGGCGCAUCCAGGCGCACGGCGGGGGCGUGCUGUACGUGGCGAGCGAGCGGCGCUACUACUGGUACGGCGAGAACAAGGACGGCGACACGUACGCGCUCAAAGGCUCGCUGGAACGGUGGCACCUCCAGUUCGCCCGCUCACCCCCUUGGCGUCAUGCCUUACCAUCAUCACCUGCCGCACAAUGCCAUUCUGCCCCACUAUCACUCCCUCCCUCUCCUGCCCUCCCCCCCCUCCCCCUGUCCCCCCUUGCUCUCCCCCCCCCCCGUGCGGCCGUUGGAGCAGAGCAGGUGGACGUGGUGGGCAUCAGCUGCUACAGCUCCGCGGACCUGCUGCACUGGCGGGCGCACGGGGUGGUGCUGGCGCCCAACACGCACGACCCCGCCAGCGACCUGCACGUGAGCCGUGUGAUGGAGCGCCCCAAGGUGCUGUUCCACGCGGCGGCGCGGCGCUACGUCAUGUGGCUGCACGUCGACGACGCCGCCUACCACCUCGCCACCACAGGCGUCGCCGUCAGCUCCCAUCCGCACGGCCCCUUCACGUACGUGGGCAGGUUCCGGCCGAACGGGCAGGAGAGUCGGGACAUGACGGUGUUUGCGGACGAGGACGGGGUGGCGUACGUGGUGUACGCCAGUGAGAUGAACGCCGUGCUGCACAUUGCACGCCUCACCCCCGACUACCUCGACGUCGACGGUGGCUUUGUGCGGCGCUUUGUGGGGCGCUCCAGAGAGGCGCCCGCCGUCUUCAAGUACCGGCAACAUUACUUCCUGGUGACGUCAGCAUGCACAGGGUGGGACCCCAACGAGGCUGAGGUGCAUGUGGCGUCGCACAUGCUGGGUGAGUGGCGCCUGCUCGGCGCACCAUGCUCCAACCACCACCACCAGCACCAGCACCAGCACCAGCAGCAGAGGUGGCCGUGGCAGGGCGAGUCGGCGCCUGGUGCAUGGGCGCCCUCAUGCAGCAGCACGUUCGAGUCGCAGGGCACGUUUGUGCUGCCGCUUCCCAACGCCCCGCCCGGCGUGUUUGUGUUUUUAGCAGACCGGUGGAACAAGCAGGACCUCGCUGACUCACGCUAUGUGUGGUUGCCCCUGCACCUGCUGGGCAAUGGCAGCACACCCACAGUAUGGGGCCGGCUGAAGGAUGAGGAAAUGGCUUCUCAGCAAGUUGCAGUGGAGGGUGGUGCUGUGACCCAUGCAGUAAUUACAUGGCAUGAGAGCUGGGAACUGCCACAGUCAUGGUUGCAUGAAGCAGAGACUACAAAAGGCUAA